CGAGAACCAACCAACAACCACCAUCGUAAUUUGUUAGAUACUAUGUAUACUGUACCUAACAGACGAUUAAUUAUACCUCUGAUACAGCCUCUAUGUGUGAAGUUAUGAAGACAAGGUGAUCAGAUGAGCUUUGUGGCCCAAGAGCCUCUUGUUAACAUAAUUUGUAUGAGAAGUGCAUUCUUGCAGGAUUGGAAAUGGCAAGCAGUCAGGGAUCCAAGGUCAAAAGAGAAUAUGCUGAAAGAAUUGAAGUAGAGCUAAUGAAAUUUUUGGAAGACCACAUUCAUCUGGAGUCAAAUAAUUUACAGAAAAUAAAAUUAUACUUAAAACAACAUGUACCCUCUUCUGUAAGUUCUAUCACCGAGAUUUUUGAUUCUCUCAAAUCCAAAGGACUUGUUACUCUUGGAAACUAUAAAGUUCUGAGUGAUGUUAUCCAGAACAUUGAUGUAAGAACUUCUCAUGGGAUUAAGGAUUUUGAAAGGAGGAUCCAAGCGGAGAUGGGUGGUGGGUCUGUUGGACAUAGACAGAUGUCUGCAAACUGUGCUGCUGCAAGAUGUACAACUGAUGAAUAUAAGCUAGACAUGCUGUUUGACUUCCUUUCAAGAAAGCUUUCCCCUAAUGACAUGUUGAUUUUCUCUACCUAUCUUGAUGGAUCCCAAAUGGCAGAAACAGCCCACUCCUUCAGAAAUCCCUCUGAUACAUACUUCAGGAUUCUACACAACUGGAAAUCUAAAAACCCCUCCAUUGAUCAUAGAUCCAAAUUAAAAGAGAUUUUCUCGUCAAUGGACAGGCAAGAUUUAGCGGAGGAGAUGGAUCAUUUUUCUGUAGACCAAUAUAAAUAUACUGGCCUAGUCAUUGAGCCAAUGACUCAAUUUUCUAUAACUGACUUGAAUGAUCUGGCCAAUAAUCUAGCUACAAGAUAUUACCAUGUUGUACGAUAUCUUGGUAUGAGACAGCGUACUAUAGAUCAAGUGGAAGUGGACCAUCCUAAUAUUAGAGAACAGAUCUAUCAAGUACUUCUAGCUAUAAUAAGAAAGAGACCUGACUUAACAAGACAGGAUGUAUGUAAUGCUUUGUUUUAUGCAGACCAUUCAGAUGUGAUUGAAAUUCUUAAUUCAGAAUGGAGGCAUGGUAGUUGACUUUUAUUUGUGAAAUUAAAUCUGAAAGAACAA